GGGGCGGGUCUCUGAGAGACACACACAUACACGGGCUUGUCCUUGAGACAUGACUGCCCGAGGGUCUCCCAGCUAUAUUCCCGGGACAGCCAAAGACUUUAACGCGUCCGGUUGAGCAGAUGUUCGGUGUUUUUGUAAAGGCCGCGCUGCGGCCCGGCAUGGUGAAGCCAAGUCGCCUGGUCAGACCCGUGACACAGAUCCCCGAGAGGUCCCUGGUGCACCAGGAGGGAUUACCAAAACUGCCGGUGCCACCCUUGAAGCAGACAUGUGAGCGAUACCUGGCUGCUCUGGAGCCUAUCGUCAGCGAGGAGGAGCUGGAAUACACCCGGAAGCUGGUGAAGGAGUUCCUCACAGGUGGUGUCGGGGAAAGGCUGCAGAAAGGCCUGGAGCGGCGGGCGCGCAAGACAGACAACUGGUUGUCAGAAUGGUGGAUGCAGACGGCCUAUCUAGACUGCCGCAUGCCGGUGGCGGUCUACACCAGCCCUGGGGUAGUCCUGCCUCGCAUGCACUUCCAUGAUCGUCAAGGACAGAUGAGGUUUGCUGCCAAGCUGAUUGCAGGAGUUUUGGAGUUUAAAAAAAUGAUUGACACUGAUACCCUGCCUAUAGAGUACCUGAGUGGGAAGCCGCUGUGUAUGGACCAGUAUUACCAGAUCCUGUCGUCCUGUCGUGUCCCUGGUCCAAAGAGAGACACUGUGGUUAAUCACACCAUGGGGACAACACCCGUCACUCAUAUCACUGUGGUCCACAACUUCCAGUUCUUUGUCUUGGAUGUGUACCACAGCGAUGGCACCCCGCUGACCGUAGACCAGAUUUACAUGCAGUUGGAGAAGAUCUGGAAUUCCUCCUUGCAGACCAACAAGGAGCCUAUUGGCAUCCUCACAUCCCAGCACCGCAACACCUGGGGAAAAGCCUACAAUAAUUUGAUAAAGGACAAGACGAAUAAGGAGUCAGUCCGCGCCAUCCAGAAAAGCAUCUUCACAGUUUGUCUGGACGCCCCGAUGCCGCGCACGUCAGACGAGCUGUAUUGGAGCCGCGUGGCGGCACAGAUGCUGCAUGGAGGAGGAGCUCGCUGGAACAGCGGCAACCGCUGGUUCGACAAGACGUUGCAGUUCAUUGUUGGUGAAGACGGCACGAGUGGACUAGUGUAUGAACAUGCGCCUGCUGAGGGUCCACCCAUUGUGUUUCUCAUCGAUUUUGUGGUUGGGUGCAUGUCGAGAACUGAAAUAGUUCGCACUCCUAUGGUCCCCCUGCCCAUGCCUAUGAAACUGCGUUUUAACAUCACACCUGAGGUCAAGAGAGACAUUGAGAGAGCCAAACAAAAUAUGAACAUAAUGGUUCAUGACUUAGAUGUGAAGGUGCUUAUGUUUUCUGAUUUCGGAAGAAAAUUGCCACAACAACAUAACCUUAGUCCAGACGGCUUUGUGCAAAUGGCUCUUCAACUGGCCUACUUCAGGAUGUAUAAUAUUUGCUGCUCUACCUACGAGAGCGCAUCGUUACGAAUGUUUAAAUACGGGCGAACAGAUUCAAUCCGUGCAACUACUACCGGCUCGUUUAAAUUUGUCCAGGCAAUGCAAGACCCAGCUAAACAGAACACAGAGAGGCUGGCGCUCCUGCAGGCGGCUGUUCAGACACACAAGGAGAACACGUACAAUGCAAUUCAUGGACAAGCGAUAGACAGACACCUCCUCGGACUGAAGAUGCUGAGCAUUGUCGAGCUGACCUCCAUGCCCGAGAUAUUCAUGGACACCUCCUUUGCUGUGGCUCAGCAUUAUAAUCUGUCCACCAGCCAGGUCGGCUCCAAGACAGACUGUGUGAUGUCCUUCGGUCCGAUGGUGCCAGAUGGCUACGGAGUGUGUUACAAUCCCAUGGAUGAGCACAUCAACAUAGCCAUCACGGCCUUCAACAGCUGCGAGGAGACGAACGCGGCCAAGUUCUCCCGGGCUGUGGAGGACGCUCUGUUGGACAUGAGAGCUCUCCUGGAAGACACAGCCAUGGUGAAGCAGUGACGCCACACCGGAGCUCGGCAUAGUGCUUUUGGUCCUGGUGGGCUGCGCGGGAGCUGCAGGGGAACCGGUCGCGGACACACCGAGUGUGCUGGAGCCGAGGGGGGGGGGGAUUUGUUAUCAAAGGGUUGGGGGAAGUGCAAUAUGUGACCGUUUUUGGGAUGAGAUUCAAUUGUUUUUUGGAAAUUCUAUAUUUUGAUACGUUGUGUGUUUUAUCAAAUUUUAAAAUUACAUAAUUUCUUUAUUAUACUGUUAUAAUAUAUUAAUACUCUAGAUGCCCCUGAUGCAGUAUUCAAAAUAAUACUGCCCUUGCUUGACUUAAAUAUUUUGAGAGAUUUGGUUUGUUGGGUUAUUUAUUAUUUAUUUUGGUUCAAAUAAUCACCCCAUAACCAAAGAAGAGAAUGUCUGUCCAUUAACAAAGUAUAUGUCAAUGUUUGUUAAAGAAAUGUGAGUAUUGUAGACUAAAGACACGUUGAAUGUAAAUUUCCAAACUCAAUGUAAAAUAUUGAGUAUCAAAUAAGAAUAAAGGAAUAUUUGGCUCUGAA